AUGACGAUCAGGUCAAACCGCGACCAUGGACAGCAUUACCGACCCCGAAUGUCCUGCCUGAAGAAGCUAGAGGCCCUAGUGGUAGAGAUGCAAGACCCUAAAGCUGGAGUGAAAUCCCAGGAGCAGAGACUGGUCAUGACCACCAUCCCCCACGCCAUCGCCGGUCAGGACAUUGUAGCGUGGAUUGCUAAUCGUAUGAAGAUGGAUACACAAGAGGCCCUGGCUAUGGGCACCAUGAUGGUGGCAUAUGGAUACAUCUACCCUCUCCAGGACCACAAGAGACUCAUUCUCAAGCCUGAUGCCAGCCUCUACCGCUUCCAGACCCCGUACUUCUGGCCGGUGCAGAAAUGGCCAGCGGAUGACACAAACUAUGCCAUUUACCUGGCCAAGAGGAACAUUCGGAAGAAAGGAGUCCUGGAGUCGUAUGAGCAGGAGCACUACAACAAACUCCACAACUGGCUGAACCACAAGUGGGACUUCAUUGUGAUGCAGGCGAAGGAGCAGUACAGGGCGGGGAAGGAACGGAAGAAGGCUGAUCGUGUGGUGUUUGACUGCCAGGAGAGGGCCUACUGGAUCGUGCACAGACCACCGCCUCGAACCUUCAGCGCCAUGGACUACGGGCUGGACCGGCUCAUUGACCCCAAUGAGGAGGAGAAAAAGACAUUUGAUUACUACAGAAGAGUUAUCAUCUUCAUUCAGCAGUCCAUUAUGCGGUCCAGGACCAAGUCCACCGUGUCCCUUGGAGCCCUCGUCAAGUUUGCCACGACAUACAAGGACCACGACCCCUUCCUGGCGAAAUGCCUCCCCAGCAACCCCUGGCUGACUGAUGACAGCACAUACUGGGAGCUCAAUUUGCCAAACGUGGAGACCCCGACUAAGAUGCGCGUGGAACGCUGGACCUUCAGUUUCUAUGAGCUCCUCAGAGACCCCCGUGGCCGGGCCGACUUCCGGGUCUUUCUGAAGAAGGAAUUCAGCGGUGAGAACUUGGCCUUCUGGGAGGCCGCCGAGGAACUGAAGUGGGGUACUGCUGAGUCCAUGAAGGAGAAGGCCGAGACAAUUUACAAGACCUUCCUGGCCCCUGGAGCACCGCGCUGGAUCAACAUUGACCAGAAGACCAUGGACAUCACAGUGAAGGGCCUGGUCCACCCUCACCGCUACGUGCUGGACGCCGCUCAGAUCCAUGUCUUCAUGCUGAUGAAGAAGGACACAUUUGGACGGUACAUAAAGUCUCCAGUGUUCAAGGACACACAGAAGAAAGCGCUAAAUCCAGAGGAGCACAAGUUCAGUGACGCGCAGCUGGAGCAGAAUGCCCGCAACCGCAGGCCUGGGAUCCAUCCCUUAAUCCUCCAGCAACAGGAGGAGGAGGAGAAGGCCAAGCUGGCAGCCUCCGGCCCCGUGGACAUCAAGCAGCUGUGCAGAUACACCGCGCCGGUGUCCCACCUGGCUCUGUACUCGGCCCUCUACCAGACGGGGUGUGACGACCGGGCGUGGCUCUCCCCGUCGCCCGCCCUCACCACCUACUCCUCCUCCACCAGCAUAGUCACAGACGUCACGCCCAGCCCCGGGAGGGAGUGCCACGCCCACGGCAGCUCAGCUUUGGCCCGGUCCCCCUCCGUCACCGACACUGCGGCGGCGGGGCCGUCGGGCGGGCCCGGUUCCAGCGUGCCGACGGCGUCAGGGGCAUGGGGGGAGUCACCGUCACCCGCCCCCAGGCCCCGCCUGACUCUCUCCCUGCGCCGUUCCACCUCACCCAAUUUCUCCUGCCCCCUGCCCACGUGCCCCCCCGCGGAGAGCGGGUCUGCCCAGCCCCCGGGUCGCCGCACUCGCCCUCAGAUGCGCCCCAGGCCCAGGACCAUAGCGCUCUUCCUUCAGACCCCAGGGGACGACUCCUCAGAGGGCCCGAGUGACCCCAUGCACCUCCUGGAGGAGGAGCGUCGCCGCCUAGCCAGGCUCACCAUGCAAGAGAUCGUCUGCCCCUGGGACUCGCCCACCCCGCAGGACUACGUGGGAUGA